AUGUUCUUGCAACUAAUAACCACGCUUUUACUCCUCCUACCUCUCACAUGGGGUGGACGCAACAUCUACAAAUUGUACCAGAACUAUAUCUUAGCCAAAAAGAUCGGUGUACUAAUCAUUAUUCUUACGCUGAGUCCCCAAAAUCCAAUAUGGAUGCUACUUGCAGAUAUUAUUGUGCCUCUCUUUCAGAAACUCAGUAUUACUCGUUCGUGGCCAUUGAUCAGAUUCGGCAGAAGAGCAUGGGAAUUCAAGGAUAAAGCACAGAUUCAUUUGGAAAUUGGGGACAUCUUUAUCAUGGUUACGCCGGAUAAAAACAUUUUGUAUAUUUGUGAUGCUGAUACUUUGAGCGAAGUACUGCUGAGAAGAAAUGAAUUUAAGAGGCCGAGGGAGGUUCUUGAGAUGUUGAAUGUGUUUGGACCAAAUAUCUCCACGGUACCAGACGAAGACUGGCCUCGACACAAAAAAGCCACAGGUCCACCUUUCAGCAAUGAGCAAACCAACAACCUAGUAUGGCAAGAAGCUCUUCGGCAAACUCAGGAAAUGAUGCAUUAUUGGAUUGACCAGAGGGAAUUGGCCCUACGAACUACCGCCGAGGAUGCCAAAACUUUUUCACUAAACAUCCUCACAAGUGCUGGGCUUGGUAAAUCAUAUUCUUUCAAACCUUCAUCAAACAUAGAUAAUGAUCCAGGUCAUGCAAUGAGUUACAAAGAAUCAUUAAGCUUGAUCGUCGGAAGCGCGAUUCCAAUACUGAUAAUUGGACCCAACUUUCUCUUAAAAAGGAUACGGUAUCUUCCUAAAUUAUUGCAGAACAUCGCUCAAGCCACCGUAGAAUUCAAAGCAUAUAUGAAAGAGAUGGUACGAGAAGAGCGAGAAUUAAUCGCCAAAGGCAAACAGUCUAAGCCUAAUUUGAUGACAUCUCUAAUCCGAGCCUCGCAAUCCAGUUCCGAGUUCAAGACUGACGAUAUGGAUCCCAGGAGUAAGCAAUCUGGGUUAUCGGAAUCCGAGAUCUUUGGAAACAUGUUUGUGUUUAAUUUUGCAGGUCAUGAUACGAUAUCCCAUACACUUUGCUAUGCUCUGAAUCUCCUUGCUGCCCAUCCUACUGUGCAGGAUUGGAUUUCUGAAGAAGUGAAUGCGGUAUUCUUGGAUUCGGAUGCUUCCACUUGGGAUUAUGCAGACUCUUUUCCUAAGCUGAAAUAUUGUAUGGCCGUCAUGCUAGAGACACUCCGUCUUUACCACCCUCUUGUUACAUUCACAAAAUCGACAGGAAAUUUUCCAACAACCGUCACAUAUGAUUCUAAAGAACUCAAUCUACCACCAAACAUAAUGAUCUUGCCUAACCUCUUGGGUAUACAAGCCCAUCCCCGCUACUGGGGACCAGAUCGACUUCUCUGGGGUCCAUUUCGUUGGAUCAUCGCAUCCUCAAACCAAAAUGGUGAAUUGACAGAAGAACUUUGGACACCGCCUAAAGGUUCAUACAUGCCGUGGUCCGAAGGGCCUCGAGGAUGUCCGGGCAAGAAAUUUGGUCAGGUGGAAUUUGUAGCUGCGAUGGCGGGAUUAUUCUAUAGACACAGAGUAGAGAUUGUGAAAGAAGGCGGGGAGAAUCAGGAAGAAGCUGAGAAGAGAGUUAAGGCGUUUGUGGAUGAUAGUGCCAUGGUACUUUUGCUACAGAUGAUGCAUCCCGAGAAGGCUGGUUUGAGAUGGGUUAGAAAGGGAUGA